GUUAUUGGCAGUCUCGAUAUGAGUGUAUCAGCAAGAACGGAUGCUCGAGCGAGAAGAUCCGGACGCAUCGCCUCUUUUGGCUAGGCUUAUCGAUGACAAACCACUUGCCCACUUCAACCUCGCUUGCAGGACCGACUUCUACGAGAGUCAUACGGCUUUACAAGCGAUCGAAGAAGAAAUGUUGCCGUCGGUGAUGUCAAUUUUGUUUCGUUACAAAGUGCAGCACGCGACAGGUAUUGCCACCGAGUGCACUGGAUUCCAUAGUAAGAAAAGCAGCUACAGUUGCUGCCAUGGGCUAGAGGCCGUUUCGCAAGCUGUAGAGACAUUACAGCAAGGCCUGACAUGAGCGUCACUCGCGCCUGCGUUCCGUGCAGAACCGCCAAAGCACGAUGCGACUUUGUGCGCCCAGCUUGCGGCCGAUGCGUGCAGCGAGGCCUGCGAUGUCAUGGCUUUCCCGACGAGCAAUUCAUCUUUGUAGAUGAGAGGGAGUCGGCCCAGCGAAACUCGGAACGCGCCAGAAGGGAAUCGAGACCAAGUCCACCUACAGCAUCCUUCGAAAUCGCUCCAAGCCAGCCUCAGCUCCAGGCAACACCGUGGACGCUGUCAGGCGCUGAAGCCAAGCAAUUGUACUCAUGGCUGAAUGCCCAAGGCCUGGCACAAGUGCCACAACCGCUCAAGAGGGAUCCAAGUGCAAGAGCGGUAGACCAUUUCUUUACUAACUGGAUAUUGUACCCUACGAAUGAUGGAGCUUCAACUGGUUUUAUGCAUACUCUGCCAGCGCUUUACGUCCAAUCCGGCCCAGAUUCUGCUCUUGGUUUUGCAAUUCGUGCUAUCGCCGCCGCAGACAAGAAGCAUUAUUAUGAUGGAGACACGGGUAUAUCAUUCCGAACUACAGCGCGCCGCAACUAUGGUGAAGCCUUGACACAUCUCCGGCAGCUGGCAGGCGAUGCUCAGAAAAUUACCGAAGACUGCACCCUUGCAACGCUGAUGUUGAUUGACGCUUUCGAAGAAGUCUACCUUGCUCGUUCCGAGCCGCUAGGUCUUCACGGGAGAGCUGUUGAUGAUAUCUUGCGGUUGCGCGGAGACGGGCAGUUCUUCAAUCACGAUCGUUUUGCAGCUUGGCGCCUGGCGUACGAUCGGUUACAGCUGCGGCAGAUCAUCUUCCGCGAGGGGCCAAGCGCCGAGCAGAUUACCUGGUUUGGCCGGCUCAACCUGGAUGCGCCAGAACUGCGAAUGUGUGCCGACAAGAUGCGCGUGAAUAUUCUCUGUGCGGAGGCCAGAAGACUCAUUGAGGGUGGAGCAGAGCAGAGCGGUGAUGAUGGGCAAGCAGAGCGUGCCGCCACCCUUGUGCAGGAGAUGAAGAACCUUGUGUCAUCAAUCGAAGCUUGGAUGCCAACUUUGACUCGAGCCAUGGAGGUCCAGGAGGUGACACAUGAGCAGUUAAGUGAAGCAGAAGCGAUGAGCGAAAUAGCCGCGCCACUUCCGUACACCAUACUGGAAAGAGGGUUGCUGUUCUAUCGUGACAUCACCACAGCGCACAGAGUAAACUUCUUCGCCAGCGCUCAGGUCGUGUUGAGAGAAUCUCUGAUUGAAGUUCUCGAGUAUGCCGGCAAUCUUCGGUCGGGAGAGCUUCAAGAUACGGACUGGGAGCGCAUUGAGCAAGAGGGAGGAUUCAUUGCGGAGUUGUCUGACCGUAUCAUCAGAUCCUUUUCUCAGCUCCUUGGCUUCACGCGCCCAGGCGCGCCGUCACUGCCCAAGAUGGGCAUUAUGGCGGGCCGGUUCUUCAUCCUGUUCUCAAUACAGGCCAUACAGCGCGCCUCACAUGCGCCGCAAGCGCACAAGGAAGCUGCUGUGCAAAUCGCGGAAUGGAUCAGGUCUACGCACGGCUUGGAGUGAUCUGGAACAACUAGCGCAGACAACCACGUGUAAGUUGGUAUAAGCGCAAACAGCAUCUCAAUACCAUCGAUCAUACAAGGUUUUUUGGCUGUGCAGCGUUACUACUAUUGCAAACCACGACUUUGGACACUUGGGCCAUUUUCAGCCAUCUCCUUCGCCAGCGUCACCACUUUCAUCCAUUUGGUGCUCAUACAUUAUGCAUUUCACGCUCUCUUACUAUGAUCUAACGCAACACGUUGUUCCGGGCCCCCAGAUUGUUUCUUACUUUGUUCCCCUGAUCCUCCUACCUUUGGCAUUGCUUACACCACGGUCGACACUCUCGAAUUGGCAAAACGUUG